AAAAAAAGAAAAAUCCUUUGGAAUUUGGCCCGAUAUGUCUAUUAGCAUUCGGGCCUCUAAGUCCACUGAUAUUAAUACAAAAAAACCCUACCUUUCUUCUUCCCACCUCUUAUAAUCCUCCCCAGCUGAAAUAACCUACCUCAGCCGUACCCGCCGCCCUUUGCUCCGGUAGUAAGUAAGUAAGCAAACAUGGCGUAUGCAGCAAUGAAGCCUACGAAGCCUGGUUUGGAGGACGCACAAGAGCAGAUCCACAAGAUUAGGAUUACUCUUUCCUCCAAGAAUGUGAAGAACCUUGAAAAGGUUUGUGCUGAUUUGGUUCGGGGUGCCAAAGACAAGAGACUGAGGGUUAAGGGACCUGUGAGGAUGCCAACUAAAGUCCUCCACAUCACCACAAGGAAAUCUCCCUGCGGUGAAGGUACCAACACAUGGGACAGAUUUGAACUUCGUGUCCACAAACGGGUCAUCGACCUCUUUAGCUCUGCUGACGUUGUUAAGCAGAUCACCUCGAUCACCAUCGAACCCGGUGUUGAGGUUGAAGUCACAAUUGCCGAUUGAUGUGUCCCAUAUUUCUGAAGUUCUUAAAUCCACUUCAUCGUAGUUAUCUAGAGUUCUAUAUACUCUGUGUGCCUGCGCUAUUUCAAUCUCAAAUGUUAAGGUUAAUGCGUUAUCCAUUUUUGUCAUAAUUUUGAAGUUCAUAACUAAUUCCGAGAGCAAAAUUUUUGUCUCCUGUCA